ACGGUGAAAAACUUGCGUCGACUUGGGUGAAAAUUUGAUCUUGACCAAAGUGAGCGCAAGUCAUUGCAAGUCAACGCAAAUGCACGCCAGGUCUGGCCAAACGAAGUCGCACGUGGACAUAAGUUUUCAACUUGCGUCUAUUUGCUUGUCCGUUUGGCCAGGGCUUAACUCGACAGACUCCACCAAAAGUAUGAAACAAUUCUUUUGCAUCAUCGCGGCAGGGAUCGGGGAAAGCUUUGGUUAAUGGUUAAAAGACUCGGCGAUUAUUUGUUGCAUUGGAGUGAAUUAUUGAGGUGUAUCGACCGAGUUACGGAUGAUCGCUCACGCUGCCGGGUCAAAAUGAGUAUAUAACGCGAAUUUAUUGAUAAUUAUAAUUACCGCCAAGCCCCGCUCAUAAGAUAUAAAAUUCUUUGUAUUUUCAGCCCUUUUCGGUCGCAGAAGAAAAUUAAAAGGAAUUUAUGAAAGGCAAAUAUUGAAAAAACUAUAUCCAAAAAAAAAAUUUUAUGGAUGGACUCACCUGAAACAUUUUAUUUCAGGUGAGUCCAUCGUAGUUGUCGUAUUUCUUUUGGGCUGAGUUGUUCAAAUGGUCGAUAAAACUAUUUGCCAUGUUCACCGGCCAAAUCACUAUGAAGUAUUCUUGGCUCCCAAUUUUUAGCCCUUGAAUAAUAAGUUAUUCAGCAGAAUGCGUCAUCCAUCCAUUGAACAACUACUAGCAGCUAUUAGUUUCACUCAGAGUGAUCUAAGUCUAUUUUCUUUCUUACACCUGGAUAUCGAUUCAUUACGAGGUAUACAGAUUCUAGAAAUUGCUAUGUUAAUUUUUGUUGAAAAACUUGUAGACCGAUGUUGCUCGCCAAAAUGGCCAGAGCGGUCAGCGGUUUAAAUGAAACUAGAGUGGAACCUGGGAAGAAGAUACCAGGACGCCAAGACGCCUGGCAAAGUUUGACUUUACGUUGAUCAUGUCGCUGAAGACAGUUACUGUGUUUUGUGGUUCUAGCUCAGGAAAUGAUCCGAGGUUUGAGGAAAGCGCUAGAGCUCUAGGUCAAUGCCUGGUGAAAAACAAGAUUAACCUGAUAUAUGGCGGAGGAUCAGUUGGACUCAUGGGAACUGUAGCUAAGACUGUAGCUGAUGGUGGUUGUGAUGUUACUGGAUUUCUCCCUGAGUUCUUUGUUACGAGAAAUUCUGAACACUUGAAGGGCAUUGGUAAGACAGUGCUGGUUGAAGAUAUGCAUACUAGAAAAAGAAAUAUGCUAGAACAGGCUGAUGCACUGAUAGCUUUGCCAGGAGGUUAUGGUACCAUUGAAGAACUUCUUGAAAUGAUCACAUGGUAUCAGCUUCGACUCCAUGAUAAACCAAUAGGAGUGUUAAAUGUAGCUAAUUAUUGGGGAAGCUUGAUAGAAUGGAUUCAAAAUGCUGUUAAAGAAGGAUUUGUGUAUGGUCAAAACAAAGAUAUUCUUGUAGUUGCUGAUGACUGUGAAACUUUGUUGACCAAGCUGCAGGAACGUGCCACAAACAAAGAAAAAACCCCAUAGACUACCGCCAGAUGUCCAAUAAACAAUUAGAUUGUGAGCUGAAGGUUUCUAUGACGCAAAGAAAUCGAGAGCAAAUAAU